AUGUCAUUCGCCAUUACCAGCGCCGCGGGUCCCGCUCGGUUAUCACAAAUGUCGCGACGCGCAACCUCUACAAGCUUCUUCAUGUUGGCCCUCUCCGCAUCCUCAAUGGGGGCGUCUGGACAAUCUAGCCGGUCUAGCCAAGUGCAGUACGCCCCGCCAACCUGCCCCCUCAACAGGAACACCUCGCCUGCUACAAUCGGGCUGCGAUCGUUGCAUUCCACUUCACACAAUUGGAAAGCCAUGCCACAGUUCACCUACCAUGUCGCUGCAUCCUAUUCGGCAAAACAAGACCGUUUCAAUGCGGAGCAGAACCUCUUCACAAACCCGCCCUAUGACCCCAGCAUAAGCAAGGAUACCGAUGUACGAGAGUGCAAGGGAGCGUUGGACAAGCGGCGUCGGGCAAAGAGUGGUCAAGAUGCUUUUUUUUACAGUCAGGUGGGCAACACGAACACGACGGCAUUUGGUGUAGCAGAUGGUGUAGGAGGAUGGGUCGAAUCUGGCCUGGACCCCGCCGACUUCUCCCAUGGAUUGUGCGAGUACAUGGCUUGCGCUGCUCGAUCAUGGCCGCACGGCUCGAACACGACUUCGUUACACCCGAGAGACCUGCUACAGGUCGCUUAUGAUGAAGUGACCGAGGACCGCAGCAUUGAAGGUGGAGGCAGCACAGCCUGUCUGGCCGUCGCAGAACCAAACGGCCAUGUCGAAGUGGCCAAUCUGGGCGACUCAGGAUUCAUGCACCUAGGUUUGAACGCCGUGCGACAUUUCACGCAGCCCCAGACGCACGCCUUCAAUACCCCGUACCAGCUCUCCAAGACGCCCAAGCGCAUGCUCGUGCAAAUGGCUGUGUUUGGUGGACCCGCAGCACUAUCAGACUUGCCCAAGGAAUCGAGUGUGACGCACCACAAAGUGCGCCAUGGAGAUGUGCUCGUCUUUGCAACAGAUGGCGUAUGGGAUAACCUCAGCCCACAGGAUGCACUAGGCAUCGUCAGUCGCCACAUGGUUGACCUAGGUGCGUGGGUAGAGAAGGAUGGAACGCUGGAAGUUGGACAUGAUCUUGCGAAGCUGGUGCAAGCGGAUUCAGCUCGCAAGGCAGAUAGCGGGUCCCUCCAAGCUAAGAUUGCAACAGCGAUUGCGAAGGAAGCCAAGAUAACUGGAUUGAACACUCGCCGAGAUGGACCAUUUGCAAGGGAAGUGCAAAAAUACUACCCUGGAGAGAACUGGCAUGGUGGCAAACCCGACGACAUCGCUGCUGUUGUAGCUAUUGUGCUUGAGCAGGCACCGCCCCGCGCAAAAUUAUAA